AUGCAUGAAUCUGCUCUCAUUUCAGAUGACACUGCUUCAAGUUCCAAGGAGGGUUUUGGGUCAGUGGAGAAGGUCGUGCUGCUCACGUUUCUCUCGGCGGUUAUCCUGAUGGCCAUCCUGGGGAACUUGCUGGUGAUGGUGGCUGUGUGCAGGGACAGGCAGCUCAGGAAGAUAAAAACCAAUUAUUUCAUCGUAUCCCUCGCCUUUGCGGAUCUGCUGGUCUCGGUGCUGGUGAUGCCCUUUGGUGCCAUCGAGCUGGUUCAAGACAUCUGGAUUUAUGGGGAGAUGUUUUGCCUGGUCCGGACAUCUCUAGAUGUCCUGCUCACGACAGCAUCGAUUUUUCACCUGUGCUGCAUUUCUUUGGACAGGUAUUAUGCCAUCUGCUGCCAGCCUCUGGUCUAUAGGAACAAGAUGACCCCUCUGCGCAUCGCAUUAAUGCUGGGAGGCUGCUGGGUCAUUCCCAUGUUUAUUUCUUUUCUCCCUAUAAUGCAAGGCUGGAAUAAUAUUGGCAUAAUUGAUUUGGAAAGGAUAUCCAAACCAAGGCUGGGCCAGGAUUUGCAUGUGAUAGAAAAAAGAAAGUUCAACCAGAACUCUAACUCUACGUACUGUAUCUUCAUGGUCAACAAGCCCUACGCCAUCACCUGCUCUGUGGUGGCCUUCUACAUCCCGUUUCUCCUCAUGGUGCUGGCCUAUUAUCGCAUCUACGUCACCGCGAAGGAGCAUGCCCACCAGAUCCAGAUGUUACAACGGGCAGGGGCCCCCUCGGAGGGCAGGCCCCAGCCGGCCGACCAGCACAGCACUCAUCGCAUGAGGACAGAGACCAAAGCAGCCAAGACCCUGUGCAUCAUCAUGGGUUGUUUCUGCCUCUGCUGGGCUCCGUUCUUUGUCACCAAUAUUGUGGAUCCAUUCGUAGACUACACUGUUCCCGGGCAAGUGUGGACUGCUUUCCUCUGGCUCGGCUACAUCAAUUCUGGGUUGAACCCCUUUCUCUACGCCUUCUUGAAUAAAUCUUUCAGACGUGCCUUCCUCAUCAUCCUCUGCUGUGAUGAUGAGCGCUACCGAAGACCCUCCAUUCUGGGCCAGGCGGUGCCCUGUUCAACCACCACCAUUAAUGGAUCCACACACGUGCUAAGGGAUGCAGUGGAGUGUGGUGGCCAGUGGGAGAGUCACUGCCAUGCUCCAGCAACUUCUUCCUUGGUGGCUGCUCAACCCAGUGAUACGUAG